AUGAUGAUCCAGCUUUGAAGUCAAAAAGUAAAUGUACCAGUUGGACCAGUCGGUAGAAACGGUGACAUUAACUUUCUCAGGUACCUCAUGCAAGUGACAUUACCAAUAGAAAUCGGAAUUGGAGAUGUCUUGGAAGCCUUGGAGAGCAGGUGCAGAGUAGUGGAGGUUGUGAUAGACAACAUAAUGAGAGAUGAGAAUACAUGAUAUGCAGUUCACUUCAACCCCAACUCGAGGUACAGGAUUUAUGGAGAGUUUGCGAAACUGGAAGAUGCGAUAGACCUCCCAGAGGAAAUCGUAAUAAAAGGUAGGAGAAUCUUUAUCAAUCAUGCAGCGUCGCUGCUCUGUGGGAUCUGUAAGCAGAUAGGACAUAACGAUGAGGGCCACAAAAGGAUGGAGAUGCAAAGAGAAGAAAGAAUACGAGUAGAUGGUAUAAGGAGGAAAAAGAAGGAGGAAGAAAGGAGGGUGCGAGUGAAGGCUAUAGGGGAGAAUUUAGGAUUAAGAAUGAAGUUAGAAGACGAUAAACAUAAUAACUCUACAUAUGCUGGGCUGAUUAAAGCUGAGGAAGCCAAAACAGAGGCAACAAAAGAGCAGAUAGAUGGGAGGACGAGUGGACUGGCAAAGAGAACUCCGCAAGAAGCAGGACUAGUUGAUCCACCAAUGAAGCGAGCUAAAAUCAGGAAGAAUCGGACUAUGGCGAUCGCUCACCUGAAUAUACGGAGUAAAACAGAAGAAGGAACAGAUAGAGAAAUUUCUGCAAGAGGUGGGGGUAGAAUACUUGGAAUAAGUGAGACACACUGCUCAGAAACAGAUUUCCUACCAAAAAUCAAUGGAUUCAACUGAAGCCACAACCCAGGAACAGAAAGAAGUGCGGGUGCUGGAAUCUUAUAUAGGAAAGGACUAGCGAUUGAAGAAACCAAAGAAUUUACUCAAGGAAGGAUAGCAGGGAUAGUGAUUGAGAGUCAGGUAAUAAUAGAAGCUUACUCACCUAAGGAAGGGGACGAAAAGGCUCUGGAUGCUUUCUAUGAGGGUUUAAACGAAGCUUGUGAAUGGGGGAGAGCUAGGGGAAAAUAUCUACUACUAUUUGGAGAUUUCAAUGCUCAUAUUAGAGGGUGAUGAUCAGACCAAACCAACGGAAACGGACAUCUUUUUAAGCAACUAUGUGACGAAUGAGGGUUGGAGAUACUGCCGAUGAACAAACCGACUCAUUUACACUCAAGUGGAUCCACAUUCUGCCUUGAAUACUGCGCGAUUGACAGACACAUAUUAGGCAAAGUGAUAAGCUAUGAGGACAUUCAAAAUAACCCGAUCAAAUCGGAUCAUUUACCAGUACUCCUUAAAAUAUGAGAAGGAUGGUGAGAGACGAACAGACAAACAAAGAAAAUGCUGAGACUCGAUAGGCUCCAAAGCUCCACAUACCUCAAGCUAUAUCAAGAAGACGUCAAGCGAGAUUUGCAGGACCUGGACAUGAAUGGAGAUGUUGGACAGAUCUACAGGGAGAUAAACAAGAUCGUUCUUGGAUCGGCGGAAAGAGUAUUAGGGGUCAAAGAUGGGCAAAGAAGUGUGCUGGGAAGAGAUUCCUUGUUGCUGCUUCGUGAAGCACGGAGAUUUAGGUGAAAAGCGUUAAAGGCGCUGAAGAAGGAUGCUGGAAAGUAUGAUGAGCUAAUGAGAAAGCACAGGCUAAAAAUGAAAGAAUUUAAAAGAGAAAGGAGCAGGAUAGAGGCCCUUACAAAAAGGGAGCAGGAAAUCGAAAAUGCAAUCAUUGGUGAAAAAGACAUGUGAGUCCUUUACAACAGGAUCAAAAGACUGAAAAGAACCGAAAUAAUAAAGCUUAGUGGCAAAGAGGAAGAAGAGAUGGUAGCAUGGUGACAGGCCCAAUACUCGGAUUUGGUGGUUGAGACUGAUCUCCCUAACGCAGACCCGAUAUUGCCUACCUGGGAAGAGGUGAAUUGAGCCAUAUCUACGCUGGGAAAUAAGAAAGCAACAGGCCCUGAUGGAGUACCGGCAGAGCUAAUUAAAGAAGGCGAGGAAAUCAUGAAGGAAAUAUAUUGGAGACUGAUCCGAAGGAUUUGAAAAGAAAGAUACUUACCGGUAGAAAUGAAGGAAGCACUAGUGGUUCUGAUCCCAAAAAAGAAAGGUACUAAAACACCGGAGGAUUACAGGCCAAUAACGCUACUUAACACGGUCUACAAAAUAUUAGACAAAAUAAUUGCGACGAGAUUGGCGCAGGAAAUAAAUACGAAAAUGAUUAUGCACACAUCGCAAGCAGGAUUCAUCACUAAUAGGGCGACAUCUGACCAGAUACAUAAAUUGGGAACAAUAAUUGAGUACUGUCUACUGAAGAAGAGGAAAAUAAGAUGCGCAUUUUUGGACAUUAGCAAAGCAUUUGGCUCAAUAAGACACAACAAUUUAUACGAGACUAUGAAGCAAAGAGGGAUCUCCACAGACAAUAUACGAAUGCUGAUAGCAAUGUAUAAAGAGGCAGAAAGCAGGAUAAUUAUGGACGAACAUCUAACCAGAUCUAUCAGUAUAAAAAAGGGUGUGAGACAAGGUGGAAGUUCAUCUCCAGUAUGCUUUAAUUUUAUACCAAACGAGCUAGCAUGGAAAAUAGACGAAAUGAACAUAGGGGUUACAGUAGAUGAAGACCGGCAAUUAAAACUGGGGUUGCUACUCUAUGCGGAUGAUAUAGUGCUACUCGCACAUAAAAAGAAAGAAUUACAGGCACUCUGCGACAUAUGCGAUCAAUGAGCAAAGUACUACUCGCUAAAGAUUAACCAAAGUAAGUCGGUCGUGGUAGAUUACUCGAGUAGAGCCGGAGAUCUGCAUAUAGGAGUAAACGGACAGAGGCUAAAGCAAGAGAAACAGUUUAAAUACUUGGGCAAAAUAAUAGCAAGGGGAAAACAUAACAAAGCAGACUCGAAGAAAACCACGGAGAAGACCAAAGCAGCAUGUAGAUCGACUAAAGCGAUGCUGACAAUGAUGAAAAACAUAAAGGCAACAAAAAAGGCCAUCAUAGCAAGAGCGUGUAUAGAUCCAACAGCAUUGUACGCGAAGGAAUGUAGCCAGCAAAACUGAGAUGAUAUUGCGAUGAAGGUAGCUGAAAAUGAGAGGAUGGGAGUAGCAAGAGCUAUACUGGUAGCACCAAGAGGUACAGCGAGAGAAACAGCAGGGCUAGACCUUGGAUGAAUCAGUUUAAAGAACCAAAUGAGAAUGCGCACCCUGUUCUUUAGAAAGAAAAUGCUGGAAGCAGAGGACCAGCUCACAAAGGUGAUAAUGAAAAUCAAUAAGCACAAUGCACUGGCCUGAGAAAAACGAUGCAAAGUUUAUAUGAAUAAUUUGGGAAUUGAGGAAUAUGACAACAAGCAGAUUAAGAGGACAGAAGCGAAACAGUGAAAACGAAUACUAGAAGAAGCUGUAAAGAGAUGUAACCUAAAGGAAAUGGUGCAGAGACUGGAAGCCGAGACGUACAAAACAACGGACCUCUACAGAUGGACGUUUGAGGGAGCCAAGGCUACAUACACUCCAGCGUAUGUUCGGCUCAACUUCAAUAUGCACAUGGCAAUUGGUGCUAUGCACAGUAUGAGAGCAGGGUUUAACAGCAGCAAUAGCUGUGCACACAAGAGACAUCUGACCAAGACGCAUUGUGUAAUAAUUGCAAGGUGGUGGAAACUGAGAAGCACAUGCUAG